AUGGAAGUGAAUAGUGAGCGUCGCGAGCAGACACAGCGCUUAUUUGUUCCUUCCAGCAAUAUGAAGGUAGCUUAUUUCGAAGAAAUCGUCGUUCCCUCUGCCACGAUAGAUCCGAUAGUUGCGAAUUAUUGUACACACAGGGGAACACCGACGAUUAAUUAAAAUCUGGAUCUGGUAACGGCCGCGCAUUUGUCGAUAGAACGAGGUACACAUAUAGAGGGAACUAAAUUACUUCCCCUUCGUUUCUCAUCGAGCGAUUUUUACUGGUGGAAGGAAGAACGUUUCCAAUUUCGCAGGGAACAAAUGAUGAAAAAUUCGAUCUGUGAUAAAAGCGGACCGUGCAUUCCGCUCGCAGUAAGUUGAAAUUUUUAGUCGUUUUCCACCCACGUAGUAAGGGCACCAGGGAGGUGGAGAUCCCUGGUCGUUACAGGCGAAUCCUUCUUUUUCCUGGUUCCCGGUGGUUCACGACCAAUUCCGGCCACGGAUCAUUUUUGUUAACGAGACUUUUUUACCGGCUCUUCAGGUGUCGUGGAUCAAACGAAAGAACGUCCAGGAGUUACUGACCGUAGGACUGACAACGUACGCCAACGACGAGCGAUUCCAGGCAAUUCAUUUCCACCACAGCGAGGAUUGGACUCUUCAAAUAAAAUACGUUCAACCAAGGGAUGCUGGAUUGUACCAGUGCCAAGUAUCCACCCACCCACCCACGAGUGUAUUUCUGUUCCUCGAGGUUGUCGGUAAGCGUGAUAUUAAACACCGAUAUAAGCUAUUCGCGUGUGGCCUCUGGCCGAUUUUCGGUUAUCGCGGCCUCUCCAAUUCCCUUCCCUCCUCCUCCGAUUCUCCAGUUUUAACGGUAAGCUGCUCACGUCUGACGCGUCACGUUCUGCCAUUUGCAGAGGCCAGAGCAGAGAUAGCCGGUGCCUCGGAAAAGUUCGUGAGGCCAGGUAGCACCCUGCAGCUUCACUGCCUCGUGAAAAAAUCGACCGAGACGCCUUCCUAUCUAUUCUGGUACCAUAACUUCCGGAUGAUCAACUACGACAUCGAUCAGGGGGUCAAUGUCAGCACCGAUCUGGCGGGCCGUGAGAGCUGGCUGGAAGUGCCCCAUGCGUCUGAUCGUCAUUCCGGAAAUUACACCUGCGAGGCGAGUAACGCGCAACCGGCGCGGGUGUUGGUGAACGUGUUCAAAGGAGAUAAUCCAGCGGCGAUGCAGCACAGUAUCGCGUCCUCGCCAUCUGUCAUGGCCUGCAGCGCGCUAUUGAUGAUGUUCACCACGUUGAAGCUGGUGCUGCAUUCCACUGUCACGAACUGA